ACUAGAUGUGGGCUGCCAAAGAAACUCGGAAGUUCUUCCAGUCUUAUAAAGCUGCACGUCCUGUGUUAGGAGGACAAAAUUCAGCUAAAAUGAUCAGUAAAGUAAUCGGUCAGAAAUAUGUGGCCAUUGCCAAGUCAUGGCUCCCAACUAUGGCAGUAUGGGGCACAACUGGAGGCGUAGCUCUGGUGUACUUCACAGACUGGCGAUUGGUUUUGGACUAUGUUCCCUACAUCAAUGGCAAAUUCAAGAAGGAUGAAUAAUGUCUGUCAGGUCAGCGCUGUUUUUUGUUGUUACGCGAGGACCUACAGAAUGACCACAGUGCUGCAGCCGGGACCUUCCACUGCACUGCAGGCCACCAGAGCCCAUCAUCUUCACCCUGCAGCUCAUUCAGCAUUGAACUGUUCACUACCAACAUGCCACAAAAUGAUCUUUGGGCAUUUCAGUGUUCUGCCAGUGAAAACACGAGCGGACGCUUUUCUUUUCUUUUCCUGUUCAGUUUCAGGACGGGUAUUUAUUGUAAUCAUCUGUGCUCUGUGGGUUUGAUUCUUGAUGUUUGUGAGAAGAAGUAAAGUGUGUGAUUAAAUUA